GCGGGGAAGAGCGGGAAGAGGCGGCCGCCCGGGCCAGGAUUUCAGCCUCAGGACGGUUAGGGGCGACCCCAAGACGCAGGGAAGGAGGGCCGGGGUGGCAGAACUGAAGCCAUGCGGCGGCUGCUGAUCCCGCUGGCGCUGUGGCUGGGCGCCGUGGGCGCGGGCGGGGCCGAGCUCACAGGGACGCAGCGGCGGGGCCUGCAGGUGGCCCUGGAGGAGUUCCACAAGCACCCGCCCGUGCAAUGGGCCUUCCAGGAGACCGGCGUGGACAGUGCCGUGGACUUGCCCUUCCCAGCUGGGACAUUUGUGAGGCUGGAAUUUAGGCUCCAGCAGACAAGCUGCCGGAAGAAGGACUGGAAGAAACCUGAGUGCAAAGUCAAGCCCAGUGGGAGGAAGCGGAAAUGCCUGGCCUGCAUCAAACUGGACUCUGAGGAUAAAGUUCUGGGCCGGAUGGUCCACUGCCCCAUACAAACCCAGGUUCGGCGGGAGCUGGAGGAGCACCAGGAAGCCCAGUGCAUCAGGGUGCAGAGGGCCGGCGAGGACCCCCACAGCUACUACUUCCCUGGACAGUAUGCCUUCUCCAAGGCCCUGCCCCACAGCUGAGCCCUGGACAGGCAGUAACCAUCAGAAGACUCACCCUCCCAGGGAGAGGAUCUCAUUAUAUCCCAAGCUAAUAAAACUGCUCUCCCA